AUGCUGUAUGAACCACAAGAAGGCUACUUCCUGGCUACUGCAUCAUACGACAUGAAAGUCAAUAUAUGGUCAGGCAGAGAUUUCUCGCUAGUUAAAAGCUUAGCAGGACAUGACUCAAAAGUCGCCUCUCUAGAUAUCACUACAGAUAGCUCUUGUAUCGCAACUGUAUCACAUGAUCGUACCAUCAAGCUCUGGAAACAAUGGACAUAG